UAUGUGUUCAUUUGCCUGAAUCUUCAUUAGAUAUUCGAAUUUAGCUCCGAUAAGGCGUUAAAAUUUUUACACUAAAGAUGAAUCUUACACAUUUGAGCAACCUUUUGAUGGAGCCCAUCAAGCGAACGUCUGUGCCCAAUGGUCAGGCUUGGAGCCAGCCUUGGAUCGGUGGAGUUAGGACAGCUAUUGGCACUGGCUAUGCCAGCCAGAUGCAGCAGGUGCGUCGCCACAUGCCCGUUUGUGGACCACCGCGGUUUCGCCUGUCCACCGGCAAAAAGAUCAUCCUUGGCUGGAUACCCCAUGUCCUCAUGCUGAGCGUCCCGUUCUGGGCACUCUCUCAAAUGCCCCGUUGGUCAGCGAUGCAUAAUAAUCGACCGUAUGGCGAUGAUGGAUAAUCCGGAGGAUCGUCACCACACUACCACUACUACUACUACCACGCCGAUCACACACACACCUUGCUCAUUAACACUUCGCACACACUUGUAACAUGCUUAAUACGGUGACUUUUAACACACAUACACACACACGAAUGGCCAGCCUCUUAGCCUCUGUACACAAUA